GGGAGGCGAGGAGCUGCGAGGACGAUCAAAGAUUACAGUUUGAUCGGGGGCUGGACUUAGAUAUUGAAAAAAAGAAAGAAAAAACUCUUCAGGGAAGUAUGACCCAAACACAGGGAAGUGCGCACAUCCCAAGCAAACCGCUGGAGAGCUUUUCACAGUGAACACCACCACAGUCAGGAACCAGCAGCCAAGGGCAUGGGCCCCUCCAUGCCCAGCCCCAGCCAGCUUCUGGCUUCUCUCAGGGAAGACUGCUGGGCUGAUCGAUCCCCACUUCAUGAAGCUGCGGCCCAGGGGCGCUUACUGGCGCUUAAAACCUUAAUUAGACAAGGCAUCAAUGUGAACCUGGUGACAAUUAACCGCGUCUCCUCCCUCCAUGAGGCAUGCCUGGGAGGACAUGUGGCCUGUGCUAAGGCCUUGUUGGAAAGUGGCGCACAUGUUAAUGGGGUGACAGUCCACGGAGCCACACCCCUCUUCAAUGCUUGCUGCAGUGGCAGUGCUGCAUGUGUCAGCGUGUUGCUGGAAUUUGGAGCCACGGCCCACGUACAGAUGCACCUGGCUUCUCCCAUCCAUGAGGCAGUGAAGAGAGGUCACAGAGAGUGCAUGGAGAUUCUGCUGGCAAACAAUGUUAACAUUGACCACGAGGUGCCUCAGCUGGGAACCCCCCUCUAUGUGGCCUGCAACUACCAGAGAGUAGACUGUGUGAAGAAACUUCUAGAAUUAGGAGCCAAUGUCGACCAUGGGCAGUGGCUGGACACACCCCUCCACGCCGCUGCAAGGCAGGCCAGUGUGGAGCUCAUUCGCUUGCUCACUGACUAUGGGGCUAACGUGAAGCUCAGAAACGCACAGGGCAAGAGUGCACUUGAUCUGGCAGCUCCAAAAAGCCUUGUGGAGCAGGCACUUGUGAUGCAUGAAGGACCACCUGCUCUUUCUCAGCUCUGUCGUCUGUGCAUCCGGAAGUGCUUGGGCCGAGGCUGUCACCAAGUUAUCUACCAGCUGCAUCUACCAGAGCCUCUCGAGAGAUUCCUCCUGUAUCAGUAGUUCUAACUAUCCACGGAAGAUAGUUUAAAUUAGUAGAUUGCUGUCUGCUGUACCUAGAGUACUUAGAGUAGACAACCAAUGGCUUGAUUCUCAGUAUAUUCACAUGACUUUAGCCAGUUAGAAUAGAUGAAAUGGAACACUGGGGAGUGGUAACUCCUGGCUUAUGUAAUAUUCUCAUUAACCAAGCGGCAAUCAUAACCUUUUAGUUUUAACUCUUGUUAACACAUUUAAGAAUACUGUAGAGUGAAAAUAAUUGACUACCAUUGGAUGAUGUAGGAUGAUAUAGGAUCCUACAGUGCAGGAGUCAGAGUUCUGGACGUUGUGUGGACACGAGGAAAUCUGAGGGAUAAGAUGAUCAUGAAUGUUAAGUACUCCAAGAUAUGUUCCUGACUUAAUACCCUUUUAACCCACUUUAUCUUUCUUGCUUCCUUCAAUAAACCUAUGCUACAGUUUUGA